AUGGACGAGGCAGCGCCGGCUCAGCCAAGCGCUGCCGCGCCCGCAGCAGCAGCAGCAGCAGUAACCGCUACGCCAACAAAUAUAAAGCAAGAACCUCACCCCGUUGACCACUUUGACUUUUCGGUCCCCGAUGCCGGCACCAAGCGACCCAUUGAAGAAGACGCACAGCAUACCGCCCUCGAGGAUGCACAACGAGCAAAACGUCUCAAGGCCGAGCAUAGCCCUCAACAGUCCUCUGUCGUACUUCCGGAUACAGCUGGCGCAGAGCAGCUGUCAUCCGACCAUGCCAAGCUGGAAGCGGAAGCCGCGCCUGCCAAUUCCGCCGUGGAAGCGACAGCAGCACCGUCACCAACCUCGCUGGCCGCCACUGCCACCGCCACUGCCCUCCAACAGGCCUUCGAUGCAUCGAGUUUGACGAACGGCGCCAUCCACCUCCCUGCCCACGAUCACCCCCUACCUCACGAGUCGUGCGCUACUUCGCCUCACGCAUAUGCUGACGACGACGACGGCGACGACGCUGGUGCGGGCGACUUUGAUCAGGCCCAUGCGCUUUCGAGCAUCGAAGACAUAUUGCAGCAGUUCCAGAAUGACUCGGGCGGCGACGCGCUCAUCAAUGGCUACAGCGAUGACGGAUUCGGACUGGGAGCAAGCCACCAACAGCUGGCGCCCAUCAAUUUCCACGCAGAGCCAGAGAGGUUCGCCCAGAACCAGUGCCUCCAGCCGCUCGGCCACUUGGCCCUCAUGAUGCUCCUGAUUCUGACCCACCGCCCGUUCGACGAGCUCUCCGCCACCCUGCGGGACCCCGAGUCGCAGCAAUGCUGCCGAUACCGACACCUUCAGAAAUCACUCGAGGCGCUGCGUGGAACGUAUACCGCUGGCCCCGUCCUGCUCGUGGAAAUGCACCAUCUCGACUCUAGAGACGCCGGCAAGAUCUUCCAGUUUGCGAACUUAGCGCAGCUGGCGGCGUGGCUGGUUGAGGGCACACCCGAAUCACUGCGACAAGCCAGCGAGCAGCUGCCACUCAUUUUCCGUGACGAGAUUCUCGGGUUUCCCAAGGCCGUGGCCAAGGUCAUGGUGGGCUUGAAGACGCAACGGGCCAUCCAAACAUUGCAGCUCAAGGAAGACCAGACUCUGUCCGAGGACGAGCUGCAUGCGAUCUAUCUGGAAGGUGUGGAGGAUCUUUUGAACGAGAACAACAUUAUGGACGGGUUAAGUAAUGGCGACUUGACGGUGACCAACAUGUUGCGGAAACGGAUGGACGACGUCCGCCAGUUGCUCCCAGCGACAGAUCUGGCGGAGAAAUACCCUAUCCGGGACAUCCUGAAGGACUACAGCCACUAUGUCAAUAAUCAGCUUGAAGCUAGUCGAGAGUUUGGCGAGAAGUUUGGGUUUACUAUGCCCGAGUACGAGCAGGAAGAGAUGGAGGCUCAUGACCUGGCCGCCCUCGAGAUGGAAAUGCAAGCCAUGUUCGACCGGGCUGCGGACAAUCUCGUGGACGAGCCCUUGGCUAGCACCGAAGGCGAGAACCAGGAGGCCCCGCCACAGCAGACUGAGCAGCAAGCGGCUGAGGCUGUCAACGGUGCUGCCAACUCGGAAGAACCUAAGAGCAACACCGGCAGUUUGGACUUGGCCGCUCUCGAGGCUUUGGUUGCGGAGAGCACCUCUGAGUAUGUCAAGACGACACUCCAGGGCAUGUCUGCCAACCCUUACCAGCCCACGGUGCCCAUGAGCACAGCGGAGAGCAUGGCGGCGCAAGCACAGUUCCUGAGUACCCAGCAACAGCAGCAUCAACAACAACAAAACCAGCAACAACAACAUCAGCAGCAGCAGCAGCAGCAGCAGCAGCAACAUCAUCAACAACAUCAUCAACAACAACAGCAACUACAGCAGCAACUACAGCAGCAGCAGCAACUGCAGCAACAACAACAACACCACCACCACCAACAACAAAACCAACAUCACCAGCCACAGCAACAACAUCUUCACCACCAGCAAGCGCAGCAACCACAGCAGGCCCAGCCCCAGCCACAGGCGCAUGCUCAGCAGCCAAGCCAUCAACAUCCUCAGCAACAAACACCGUCCCAGCCAACAUAUUACGCCUCCUUCCCACAAGCAUCACGGGACCAGCAGCCGCUGACUCAACAGACUGUCGAUGCCAACGGGCUACCGCCUAACCAGACGCACUCCAGUGCUGUGCUGUACGAGAUGGCACGUCAAUCUGCACUGUCCAGAGUGAGCAAUCCGGCACGACGGGAAGGUGUCCAUUCGGCCAGACGGCCGUGGUCUCAGGAGGAAGAGAAAGCGCUGAUGGAAGGGCUGGAUCGAGUCAAAGGCCCCCAUUGGAGCCAGAUCCUUGGACUCUACGGCGCACACGGGACCAUUAGCGAUGUUCUGAAGGACCGGACACAAGUCCAGUUAAAGGACAAGGCGCGCAACUUGAAGCUAUUCUUCCUCAAGACCAACUCCGAGAUGCCCUUCUACCUAAACACCGUCACCGGCGAGCUCAAGACCAGGGCGCCCACCCAGGCCGCGCGGAAAGAAGCGGAGGAGAAGGCCCGGAGGACGUCAGAGGAGGUCCCAAGCAGGCCCAACGGGAGCUUGCAGAGCCCACCGCAGCACAGCGUCAAUGGCUCUGCUGGUGCUGGCAUGAUGACACCCGCUCAAGCAGCAGCCGCGGCGCAUCUCGCUGCUGCGACGGGAAGUAGUCGGCCCCCCGGCCAAGUCCCACAGACGACGACAGCAUCAACCGCCCCGGCCACUGCUGCUGCUGGUAGUCAAGCACAGCUUCCACAGGCAACGCAACGGACGCAGACCCAACUCCCACCCCAGGUGCCACGGCCUCAACCACAAGCCCCAGGCCAACAUGGCACGCAAAAUGCUGUGCAAGUGCAGCUACCACAAACUGCUCAUCAACACGUUGGUCCUUAUGGGCACCAACCGCUCGUGCAACAGCCUCCACAGAGCCGACCCACGACGCAGCAUAGUCACACAGCACCAGCUCAGCAAGCGAGCCGGCCCCAGCAAACACCGCCCCUGCCGCAGACUGCUGUACCUGGUUCCACGUAUCCCUCGCCGCCCCGGGCGACCGCCCCGUCGUCCGCGAACAACUCUGCGCCCGGCUCUGCGCACCAGUCGCCCGGCCCUGGCGCCCAACCGGCGCUGUCCGCGGCCCGUCAGGCUGGUGGUCAGGCACAGCAGCCGCCGGCGGGGAGCGCCGGACAGCACGCGACCCAGGGCGCAGGGACUGCAGCCCCGUCUCAGCCGCCAGCAUCGGUACCACAAUCGGAGCAGCCACAGCAGGAGGCGUCGCAAAGGCCGCACGUGUCACAAGUGCAGCAAUCACCAGCAGCUACGACUACGCACGUGCCGCACAUACCUCAGCAGCCGACACCGCCGCAGCCAGCGGCGGCGACAACGACAACAUCAACGUCAAAUCCGGCGCCGUCGCCGUCGCCACAAGCAGCGGCCCCGAACGCCGCUCCAGAGGUCACCCUGGCGCCAGAGCCAGAAGCAUCGAGUGUGCCCAUAACGGCGGCUGAACGUGAACCCUCUCCGGGCAUGGAAUUCGAGUUUGAUUUUGCCAGUCUCGAGCAGGCGAUAGCCAACGAACUCAAAGCCGAGUCGAAUGACCUUUUGCAGGCCAUGACGUAG